UGUGUGGUCUCACAGAGCCAUCAUGAAACUCCUGCCUGUUGCCCCUCUCCUCCUGCUUCUCUUGACAGCACUAGAAGCCAGACCAAAACCUGCAGUGCUGAAGUGCAGGACGGGUCCCCUGGACAUCGUGUUUGUGAUCGACAGCUCCCGCAGCGUGCGGCCCUUCGAGUUUGAGACCAUGCGGCGCUUCAUGACGGACAUCAUCGGCGGCCUGGACGUGGGCCCCAACGCCACGCGCGUGGGGGUUAUCCAGUACUCCAGCCAGGUGCAGAACAUCUUCUCCCUCAAGACCUUCUUCACACGGACAGACAUGGAGAGGGCCAUCAACAGCAUCAUCCCGCUGGCCCAGGGCACCAUGACGGGUCUGGCCAUCCAGUAUGCCAUGAACGUGGCCUUCAGCACGCAGGAGGGCGCGCGGCCCCUGCACAAGGGGAUCCCCCGCAUCGCCAUCAUCGUGACGGAUGGGCGGCCCCAGGACCGUGUCACUGAGGUGGCCACGCAGGCCAGGAACGCUGGCAUUGAGAUCUACGCCGUGGGGAUCCAGCGGGCUGACAUGAGCUCGCUGCGGGCCAUGGCCUCCCCGCCGCUGGAGGAGCACGUCUUCCUGGUGGAGUCCUUUGAGCUCAUCCAGCAGUUUGCCAAGCAGUUCCAGGACAAGCUUUGUGCCAUUGAUGCGUGUGCAGACGGGAGGCACGGCUGCCAGCACCACUGUGUCAGCGUGCGGGGCUCCUACUCGUGCCGCUGCCGGCCUGGUUACUACCUCAGCCACAACAAGAGGAGCUGCACUAUGAUUGAUUACUGCAGCUUCAGGAACCACAGCUGCCAGCAUGAGUGUGUGGGCAUCCCCAAUGGGCACUACUGCCGCUGCCACAGCGGCUUCACGCUCCAGCCUGACAGCAAGUCCUGCAGGGCCACUGACCUCUGCAAUGGGGUGGAUCACGGCUGUGAGUUCAAGUGUGUGAGCACAGAUGGCUCCUACCACUGUGUGUGCCCUGAGGGCCAGCAGCUCCAGGCUGAUGGCAAGACAUGCAGCAAGUGUGGAGCUGGCCAUGUCGACCUUGUGAUGGUGAUCGAUGGUUCCAAGAGUGUCCGGCCCCAGAACUUUGAGCUGGUGAAGCAGUUUGUGAACCGUAUUGUGGACCUGCUGGAGGUGUCCCCCCAUGGCACACGGGUAGGACUGGUGCAGUACUCCAGCCGUGUGCGCACCGAGUUCCCCCUCAACAAGUACCACAGCGCAGAUGAGAUCAAGAAGGCGGUGAUGGAUGUGGAGUACAUGGAGAAAGGCACCAUGACAGGCCUUGCCCUCAAGCACAUGGUGGAGCACAGCUUCUCUGAGCUGGAAGGUGCCAGGCCUCUCUCCCACAACAUCCCCAGAAUUGGGCUGGUCUUCACAGAUGGGCGCUCCCAGGAUGACAUCUCUGAAUGGGCCAGGAGAGCAAAGGAAUCAGGGAUUGUCAUGUUUGCUGUGGGUGUUGGAAAAGCUGUGGAAGAAGAGCUGAGAGCAAUUGCCUCUGAGCCAGUGGAGCAGCACUUCUCCUAUUCAGCAGACUUCACCACCAUGACCCAUCUUGUGGAGAACUUCUCCCUGAAUAUCUGCCCAGAGGAGGGCAAAGGGGAGACCGAGAUCCGCAGCCCGUGCGAGUGCGAGGCGCUGGUGCAGUUCCAGACCAACACCGUGGCCAUCCUGCAGAGCCUGACCGAGAAAAAUAUCCUUUGGGCACGUUCACUUGCUCAGAUGACAGCCAGACUUGAAGACUUGGAAAAGCAGAUUGCCAAAAAGAAGUGAUCCUGGCAGAGGCUGCAGUGCUCGGCAGGGCACGGGGACGGAUGUACAGUAGCUACAUGACAUUGUUAUUGCUAGGUUGUCAUAAAGCAUCAGUGUUUGUUCUUGUAUUGUAAAAUCCCCAGGGGAGCAUGGACUGUAUUUAAAAAUCCUAAAAACACAAGAGAUGGAAUUUGAACAAAACCUCUGCUGCAAAGCGAAGGGGUUCAGUUGUUCAUUGGCAGGUCUGGGAUGAGAGGAGACAUGACACCUGGUGUCCCCCAGAGUGACUGGGAUGGCACAGUCCCCCUGGACCCUGUCAGGCUGCUUUGCAAGAGGAAAAACCUACAGUGGUGUCACCCUGGGAGCUUCUGCUCUCUCAGCAUCUGCCUCCAAGUGGUGGGGCAGGGACAGCUGGGUGGUGCAGGCAGCAUGGGGGAUGCCUGAUGCCCAGCUGGCUCCCAGUGUGGUGCCCUGGUGGGCUCCCAUGGGAAGGUGGGCGGCAGGAAUUCUUAGAUCCCCUUGCCCUUGGUUUGGCAGAAUAGUUUGGAAGUUGGUAUUAAUCUUGUUUGGUUUUAUAAUCACAAAAUAUAGCAAAAUGGUAAUUAUUCUUUCUAUCAAUAUAGUGUAUAUAUAUAUAUAUAUAUGUAUAUUUAAUUCUGAGAGCAGGGUAGUGCUAUUUUUAAAUUCUUGUUUUAUAUAAAGGAAUUUCUAUCCUGACA